UUAAUAAUAAUAAUAUCCGCAUCUGAUGGAGCCUCCGCAAGUAAUUGUUAUUUAAAGGAAAAUACAAUUACAAUGGACAGUGAUGGGGCCCAGGAGGUCGAUAACAAUGUCUAUAAUAGCAAAGUUCUUAUAAUUGGGGCUGGAAUGGCUGGUUUGUCAGCUGCCUAUCAUUUAUCUAAAAAUGGAUUUACUGAUUUCAAAGUUUUGGAAGCCAGGGGAAGAAUUGGAGGAAGGAUAGUUCAGAUUCAGUUGGCCAACGAAAAAGUAGAGCUUGGAGCUAAUUGGAUUCACGGUGUUUUAGGCAAUCCUGUCUAUGAACUAGCAAUGCAGCAUGGCCUGGUUGACAUUAUGGCCUACCAAAAGCCCCACAAACUAGUUGCUUCAACUGAGCAAGGCAAACAGGUUCCGUUCGCCAUCCUUCAUGAAAUCUAUGAAGCCUACUUAUGCUUCCUGCAACGCUGCGAAGAGUAUUUCGUAUCUCAGUAUUCUCCUCCAGAUGGUAUCGAAAGUGUUGGUGAUCACAUCAAAUUAGAAAUAAGUUUGUACUUGGACAAAAUUACGGACAAGCAAGAGAGACGUAUUCGCGAGUUACUCUUUGAUUGUUUGCUGAAACGUGAAACCUGCAUUUCUGGAUGUGACGAUAUGAGUGAGGUGGACUUGUUCGAGUUAGGGAGCUAUACGGAACUCCAAGGAGGAAACAUAGUGUUGCCAGAUGGAUAUAGUGCAAUUUUAGAACCUUUAAGGAAGUCUAUACCUGAGGAAAAUAUAUUAUUGAAACAUCCUGUUAGGCAUAUCAAGUGGCAGGGUAAAAAGGGAAGACGACCAAAAUAUAACCCCGAUGAUGAAAGUGAUUCAGAUGAGUCGGUCAGGACCAUUAUCGAGUCUCCGUCGAGUUCAAGUCACUCUAGUCGAGAAUCAAGCUGUGAAAAAGAUAGAUGUAACGUCGAAGUAAUCUGUGAUAACGGAAAGAAGUUCCUAGGGGACCAUGUUAUUUGUACAUUGCCGUUGGGAGUUCUGAAGCAAAGUGCAAAUAACAUGUUUCAACCGCCUCUACCUGAUUACAAAUUAGAAGCUAUUGAUAGAUUGCUUUUUGGAACUGUGGAUAAGAUUUUACUAGAAUACGAAAGACCAUUCCUUCAUCCCAAUAUAAGCGAAGUUCUUCUGCUGUGGGAGACUGACAAAGAAAAGUAUUCGGAUAUAACCAAAUAUUGGUAUAGGAAGAUAUAUUCGUUUUCUAAAAUAUCGGAAACUUUAAUUUUAGGCUGGAUUUCUGGAAAGGAAGCAGAAUAUAUGGAAACCUUGUCGAAUGAUGUGAUUAUUGAUACUUGCACAACGAUUUUGAGGAAGUUUUUAAAUGAUCCUUUUAUACCAAAACCAAAAAAAUGUGUCUGUACAAGUUGGCAUAGCCAACAAUAUACUAGGGGAUCAUACACGGCCAUUGCUGUUGGAGCCUCACAAUUAGAUAUAGAAUAUCUGGCACAACCAAUUUAUUUGGAUGAGAAAGAAACCAAGAGAGUAAUAUUGUCCGAAAUUGUCUCUCUAAUUUUGAGGUUUCACAAACAUUAGUAUGUUAUUCAUUUACAUUUUUCCAUCACGGGCAGGAAGGCUGCCCAAACCGUAAUGUCUGCAGAAGCACCCAAAGAGAUUGUCGUGGACUGCGAGGACGUUACGGAUUUGAGUUCGUGGGUGCAAGGCAUACGCUUGGAAUGAGAUCUAUUCAUUACGACGAAUUUUGAGUUUCCAGAGUAGAAAAAUUUAAAGGCUGUUGAUGUUGACUGCGAAGUGAGGGGUCAGCAAUAGUUUUGAUUUCAGAGGAGGAUUUUGAUUUCGAGUGGAUUGAGUUUGUUCGGCAGCAACUCUGAAUCUCUGGUUUCCAAGAGAAUAUCAGAUAAUAAUGUAGAUUCAGUAAGGCUCAAAUAGAUGAAGAUCAAGCUGAACAAACUUUCCUGAUAGUUUGCAAGAAUUAUCUGUUGAAAUUCUUUUUUUUUGUU